ACAGACCGUCGGCAGGCAGCGAACAAGACAAGAUCAAAUCAUGGCGUCAAGGAUUUGGCACAUGCUUCUAAAACAAAGUCUUCUGCUUCAUCUAGCUGUGAUGAUAAUCAGACUCAGAUCAGCUGAUGGUGGACAUUCUCCUCCUGCUAUGUAUGUUGGGGAGGUUGGAGGAAACAUCACCUUCUACUGCCCAGUAGCAAAGGAAUCCGCACUGGAGUUUCUGUACUUUCAAAAAGUUGUUGAUGGAAAAGCCAUUUUCUGUAAUGGAUAUCAUUUUUCAAAACCUCUUCUAAAUAUACUUCCAAACACAGAAAUGGAUCAAACCCACAAAUGUAUGCACAUCUACAACCUAAACCUAUCUGACAGUGGGGAAUACAAAUGUUAUUAUAGGUGUCAAGAUGCUGAAGGUGAAGAUCCUCACGAGAUCCAGAUGUAUCUUAAUGUCACAGCUUACUUCAGUAAGCCUGAAAUGACGGUCAAGUGUAAAGAAGAAAGUGGCAUCCCAUCAGAAUGUAACGUGACAUGUCGCUCACACAAUGGGUUACCAGGAAAACGGAUGAAGUGGAAUGUUCCUGGAAACAUCAGCAUGGAAACGUGGAAGAUUCUCCUUAAUGAUGAAAGUUAUUCGAGAGAAGAACUGGUUAGCAUCUCCAGCACUGCAAAUUUUAACUGCGUUGCUGAUGAAGUGAAGGUAUCCUGCUCCGUGGACCAGUUCACCUCAGAGAGCGUCUCAGUGUGUUCUUCUAAGGUCCCUCCCAACAAAUUCGGUUUUGCUGUGAUAGGUGCAACUGUUUGUUUGGUUUUGGUGCUUGGCCUGGUUUUGAUUCGGUGUUUGAGGAACAGAACAACAGGAUCAGUAGAACCAAACAAUGUUGAGGAGGUCGUAGUUCUAAAUAAUAUAAGUGGAGAGCCAAUGGGAUCAUGAAUACCUUUAAGAACAUUUGAACUGCAGCUCAAAUGUCCUGGAAUUUGGGACCUAAGCUAUUUGUGAGUCAAACGCACAUGUGACUUAAAGCCGGUGAAUGAAUGCCCACCGAGGCUUUGACGCACAAGGGAGUGACAGUAUGCUCUCACAGCAGAAGGAAGUAUUUACAUUUAACUGGUAAAACUGUGCGUCAUCAAACAAAAGUGGUUAACUUUCCAAAGAAAUGACAUUUCCGACGAGGCGUGGUUCAUUGUGUUCUCAGCGUGCAAUACGAAAGAUUGCCGAAUGGAAACCUCUACCAAAGACGAGAAGUAAAACCAAACCUCAUGAAGACUCCUUUGUUGCACUGUGUUUUGCUGGAAUGACUGCUCUACAUUCACAUUUGCAGAUCUGGUUUUGAAUGUACUGAUGUCCUAGAACUCUUAAGUGAAGAUUUUAUACUUUUAUAAAUCAUUCUACAAAAAGAAAAAAAAAAGAGUUUUUUAUUUAUAAAAAGGGUGUGCUUGUACCAGCAAGACUAGUAGCCUGAAGGAACUGUUCACGGCUUGAUGUCAGUAUUUCGUUUGCACAGUCAUGUGCACUUUGACGUUAUCGUACCAGUUCCAGUGAAGUGCAAUAUUUUUUCUUUUUAAACAAACUUGGAGAUUUUCUUGGCUUCCCGUUUUUAUGUAAAAGAAAGUAACCAUUAAUGUUGGACUAUCAUGAGAUGUUUAAGUUAUUGUGUCUCUCUUUUUUAUGAUAUACAAUGUAAUGUUUACUCUGUUUACACAGUUUAGGGAGAGGAGCUGUCUGGUUUUCCCCUGUGCUCUGAAUUACCAGACAGCCUCAAAAAGCUGCUUUCAUUUCCCUAAAAUGUGCAUCACAGUUCUCUGCAGGGACACUUCUGUUUUUUUUUUUUUUUUAUAUGUGAUGAGAUUUUUUUUGUAUUGACAUUUGCAAUGAAACAAAUAAACUAUGUAUUUAAAUUUUAAUAGUGCUGCGGAAACAAAUGUACUUCAUUUGCAUAUGUCUAUUGAAAUCAUUUUGAAUUUUGAGAGAAAAUUUGUGCACACCGUUCUGACACUAAAGAGGUUACUGUGGUGCCACAAUUAAAAAAAAUCUGUGAUUUUUAUGUAACCAAACUAGACGAUUUAGAGCGUAACUGUGAAGCAUAAUGAACAUAUUACAUCAUUAAAAAGCAAAUAAAAAUGUGAAAUGUGCAGUGUGCAAGUAUUAUAUAGUCAGCCUUUCAGUGAACCAACAGCAUCAUGACCAAGAAACGCAGCAGAUGGGCUGG